ACUAGCGCUCCAAGUAGUGGGCAGGAACGAAUUGCAUUCGUCGUUAGACGAUAUAAGAAGAGCGCUGUCCGUUCUAGUGAGCGAUCAAAGGUGAAGAAAUUGUGCGAGUGGACUGUGUGUGUAGCCACACCCUGUGGCCAUUUUGGACGUUGUUCCGUUUGGACGUACAGCGCGUGAGAUAAGUGGUGUAGAAAAUGGAUCAGAUUACGCCGAAGGAAGUAAAAAUCUUGGAGAAUCCUGAGGACAUUCAAGAAAGACGCGAACAAGUCCUCGGUAGAUAUGCAAAUUUCAAAGCGGAAGCUCGUAACAAGAGAGACAAGCUCGAGGACUCCCGUCGCUUUCAGUAUUUUAAGCGAGAUGCGGACGAACUCGAAGGAUGGAUUUACGAAAAGCUGCAAGCUGCUUCGGACGAGAGUUACAAAGAUCCAACUAAUCUUCAGGCAAAGAUACAGAAACAUCAAGCGUUCGAGGCUGAAGUUGCAGCCCAUUCGAAUGCGAUAGUUUCGUUGGACAAUACCGGUUCCGAAAUGAUACUUCAACAUCACUUUGCGAGCGACGUGAUUCGUAAAAGAUUAGAGGAUCUUCAUCGUUUAUGGGAGUUAUUGCUCUCUAGAUUGGCGGACAAGGGUCUGAAGUUACAACAGGCCUUGGUUCUUGUACAAUUUAUUCGCCACUGUGACGAGGUAAUGUUCUGGAUCCACGAUAAAGAAGCAUUUGUAACGACCGACGAGUUUGGACACGACUUGGAACACGUGGAAGUGUUGCAAAGGAAAUUCGACGAAUUCCAAAAGGAUAUGGCUAGCCAGGAAUAUAGAGUGACAGAGGUAAACGAGCUGGCGGAUAAACUUUUGUUGGAUGGACAUCCCGAACGAGACACCAUUCUACGGAGAAAAGAGGAGUUGAACGAAUCUUGGCAAAGAUUGAAACAACUUGCCGUAUUGAGACAAGAGAAGCUUUUCGGCGCCCACGAGAUUCAACGAUUCAAUCGUGACGCGGACGAAACGAUGGCUUGGAUCGCGGAGAAAGACGUUGUACUGUCUUCGGAUGACUUUGGACGAGAUCUAGCGAGCGUACAAACUCUGCAAAGAAAACACGAAGGCAUAGAACGCGAUUUGGCAGCUUUAGAGGAUAAAGUUUAUACACUGGGAGCCGAAGCGGAUCGGCUGGCGGCUAUUCAUCAAGCGGAUCAUUCGAAGCAGAUUCAAGGUAAACGCGCGGAGAUCUUGCAAUCGUGGGAAAGUCUAACCGGAAAAGCGAAAGAGCGACGUUUGAAGCUCGACGAGUCAUACUAUUUGCACAGAUUUUUAGCCGACUAUAGAGAUCUCGUCUCUUGGAUGAACAACAUGCGUGCAAUUAUAUCGGCGGACGAGCUAGCGAAAGACGUAGCCGGCGCGGAAGCUCUGGUAGAGAGACAUCAAGAACACAAGGGAGAAAUCGACGCGAGGGCUGACAGUUUCGACGCGACCACCUUGGCUGGUAACAAACUUCUAGAGAAGAAACAUUACGCCGCCGAGGAAGUAGCUAGAAAGUUAAAUUCUCUCGCGGAGGAUAAACAGAGCCUGUUGAGUCUCUGGGAGAAUAGAAAGAUUUUGUACGAGCAAUGUAUGGACUUGCAGCUGUUCUACAGAGACACGGAACAAGCCGAUGCAUGGAUGGCAAAACAAGAAGCGUUCUUGGCCAACGAGGAUCUAGGAGACUCUUUGGAUAGCGUCGAGGCUCUGAUAAAGAAACACGAAGACUUUGACAAGUCUCUGGCAGCCCAAGAAGAGAAGAUCAAGGUGUUGGACGAUUUCGCCGGUAAAUUAAUAGAGGGAGAGCAUUACGCGGCCGACGACGUUGCACAGAGACGUCAGCUUCUGUUGGAGAGACGGGGUGUUCUAUUAGAGAAAUCGGCCGAAAGAAGGCGUCUACUCGAGGACGCGUACAAGUUGCAACAAUUCGAACGCGACUGCGACGAGACGAAGGGAUGGGUUAACGAGAAAUUAAAAUUUGCCACCGACGACAGCUACCUGGAUCCUACGAAUUUGAACGGCAAGGUGCAGAAGCAUCAGAACUUUGAGCAAGAAUUAAACGCGAACAAGACCCGUAUGGAAGAGAUGGUAGCAACCGGACAGGAAUUGAUAAAGAGCGGUCAUUAUGCGAGCGAUCGAAUUCGGACUCGUACCGACGAGAUUAUGUCCCUAUGGGAAAGUCUUACCCACGCUACCGAGAAGAAAGGCGCGAAACUGCAAGAAGCCUCUCAGCAACAACAAUUCAAUCGUACAGUAGAGGACAUCGAAUUGUGGCUGUCCGAAGUGGAGGGGCAACUGAUGUCGGAAGACUACGGGAAAGACUUGACCAGCGUGCAAAAUCUUCAGAAGAAGCAUGCCCUCCUCGAAGCGGACGUCGCGUCUCAUUCGGAUAGGAUCGAGAGCAUCGCUCAAGCCGCGGAACAGUUUGUAAAUUCCGGUCACUUUGACGCGGACAACAUCAGAGCGAAACAGGAACAGUUGCAAGGACGUUACGGUGCUUUGCAACGGCCGAUGAGUAUCCGUAAACAGCGAUUACUCGACUCCCUGCAGGUGCAGCAAUUGUUUCGAGACAUCGAGGACGAGGAGGCCUGGAUACGGGAGAAGGAACCGGUCGCCGCGUCCACCAACCGUGGCCGUGAUCUGAUCGGCGUGCAGAAUCUACAGAAGAAACAUCAGGCCGUACUGGCGGAAAUAAACAAUCACGAGCCACGGGUCGCUGCUGUCUGUCAAGCAGGUGCAUCGAUGCUGCAAGAGAGCCACUUUGCCGCGGAAGAGAUUAGCCAACGAUUGGCCGCGUUGGACGAACAUUGGGGUCAGUUGAAAGAGAAAGCGAGGCAGAGGAAGAACGAUCUGGACGAUUCUCUUCAAGCUCAUCAGUAUUUUGCCGACGCGAACGAGGCCGAGUCAUGGAUGAAGGAGAAACGACCGAUCGUGAUGAACGCUGACUACGGAAAGGACGAGGAUAGUUCGGAGGCUCUUUUGAAGAAACACGAGGCGCUGGUCAGCGAUUUGGAAGCGUUCGCUAGCACCAUAGCAGCGUUGAGGGAACAGGCAGCGUCCUGUCGUCAACAGGAAACACCGACCAUCGACAUUACCGGUAAGGAAUGCGUCGUCGCUCUCUACGAUUACACGGAAAAGUCGCCGCGCGAGGUGUCGAUGAAGAAAGGGGAUACCUUGACUCUGUUGAACUCUAACAACAAGGAUUGGUGGAAGGUCGAGGUGAACGACCGUCAAGGAUUCGUUCCGGCCGCUUACGUGAAACGGGUCGAACCCGAGGCCGGUUUGACCGCGUCGCAACAGAAUCUGGCACGAGAACAGAGCUCGAUCGCUGCCAGACAGUCCCAGAUCGAGGCCCAGUACGACGAUCUUCUCCGAUUGGCACGCGAACGACAGAACAAGCUUAACGAAACCGCCAAGGCUUACGUAUUGGUGAGAGAAGCCGCGGAAUUGGCCACUUGGAUCAAGGACAAGGAGAACCACGCGCAAGUUCAGGACGUUGGCGAGGACCUGGAGCAGGUGGAGGUGAUGCAGAAAAAAUUCGACGAUUUCCAAGCCGAUCUGAAGGCGAACGAAGUGCGACUGGCAGAAAUGAACGAGAUUGCCGUACAAUUGAUGAGUCUUGGCCAGACGGAAGCAGCGCUCAAGAUUCAGACCCAGAUACAGGACUUGAACGAGAAAUGGACCAGCUUGCAAACUCUCACCGCUGAACGCGCCAAUCAGCUGGGUUCGGCUCACGAGGUCCAGCGUUUCCAUCGCGACGUUGACGAGACGAAGGAUUGGAUCCGUGAAAAGGAUGCCGCGUUGAACAACGACGAUCUUGGAAAGGAUCUCCGUAGCGUGCAGGCCCUGCAACGUAAACACGAGGGUCUCGAGAGAGACUUGGCCGCGUUGGGAGACAAAAUAAAGCAACUGGACGAAACGGCAAAUCGUUUGAUGCAAUCGCAUCCUGAAACAGCCGAACAAACGUACGCGAAACAGAAAGAGAUCAACGAGGAAUGGACCCAAUUAACGGCAAAGGCUAACAGCAGAAAAGAGAAAUUGUUGGAUUCUUACGACUUGCAGCGAUUCCUCAGCGAUUAUCGAGAUCUAAUGGCUUGGAUAAAUUCGAUGAUGGGUCUGGUCGCUUCCGAAGAAUUGGCCUCCGAUGUAACCGGAGCGGAAGCUCUUUUGGAACGUCAUCAGGAACAUCGAACGGAAAUCGAUGCCAGAGCAGGCACGUUCCAAGCGUUCGAGCUGUUUGGCCAACAAUUAUUACAGUCCAGUCAUUAUGCCAGCGUCGAGAUUCAAGAGAAACUAGAAUCAAUGGCCGAGGCGCGUCAAGAACUGGAGAAAGCUUGGAUACAACGACGCAUGCAGCUCGAUCAGAAUCUCGAGUUGCAAUUGUUUUGUAGAGACUGCGAACAAGCUGAAAACUGGAUGAGCGCGAGAGAAGCGUUCUUGAGCAGCGCGGACACCGUGGACAGUACCGACAACGUGGAGGCUUUGAUCAAGAAACACGAGGAUUUUGAUAAAGCGAUCAACGCGCACGAGGAGAAGAUUGGUACUUUACAGACCCUGGCGGACCAAUUGAUCGCUGCGGAACAUUAUGCGGCGAAACCGAUCGAUGAAAGGCGUUGUCAAGUUCUCGAUCGUUGGAAACAUCUUAAGGAUGCUCUUAUCGAGAAACGAUCCAAGCUUGGAGAAUCUCAAACUCUCCAGCAAUUCUCGCGGGACGCUGAUGAAAUGGAAAAUUGGAUCGCCGAGAAGCUGCAAUUGGCUACCGAGGAGAACUACAAAGAUCCGGCAAACAUUCAGUCGAAACAUCAGAAACACCAAGCGUUCGAGGCCGAGCUGGCAGCGAACGCGGACAGAAUUCAAUCGGUCCUCGCUAUGGGUGGUAACUUGAUCGAUAAACAUCAGUGUGCCGGUUCGGAGGACGCGGUACAGAAAAGAUUAGCCUCCAUUGCCGAUCAAUGGGAAUAUCUGACUCAAAAGACGACCGAAAAAUCGAUGAAACUUAAAGAGGCUAACAAACAACGCACCUACAUAGCUGCGGUUAAGGAUCUUGAUUUUUGGCUCGGAGAAGUUGAAAGUUUGCUCACGUCCGAGGACGCGGGCAAAGAUCUAGCCUCUGUGCAGAAUUUGAUGAAGAAACACCAGUUGGUCGAGGCUGAUAUUCAAGCGCACGAAGAAAGGAUCAAAGACAUGAACGGUCAGGCUGAUUCUCUGAUCGAGAGCGGACAAUUCGAUGCGGCGGGUAUUCAGGAGAAACGACAAAGUAUAAACGAACGUUACGAAAGGAUUCGUAACCUUGCGGCUCACAGACAAGCCAGGCUUAACGAAGCAAAUACGUUGCAUCAAUUCUUCAGAGACAUCGCCGACGAAGAGUCUUGGAUCAAAGAGAAGAAGCUUCUGGUUGGCUCCGACGAUUAUGGUCGUGAUCUUACCGGCGUGCAGAACCUUAAAAAGAAACACAAGAGAUUAGAGGCGGAAUUAGGAAGUCACGAACCUGCUAUACAAGCUGUUCAAGAAGCGGGAGAGAAAUUGAUGGACGUUUCCAACUUGGGUGUACCAGAGAUCGAGCAACGUCUCAAGCUGUUGAACCAGGCAUGGGCCGAAUUAAAGCAGUUGGCUGCUAACAGAGGACAAAAAUUAGACGAAUCGCUGACGUACCAACAGUUUCUCGCCAAAGUCGAAGAGGAAGAAGCUUGGAUCACUGAGAAACAACAGUUGCUUUCGGUCGAGGAUUACGGCGACACGAUGGCUGCUGUUCAGGGUUUGCUCAAGAAACACGAUGCCUUUGAAACCGAUUUUGCCGCUCACGGUGAACGGUGCAAGGAUAUUUGUAAAGCUGGCGAAGCGUUGAUCCAAGCCGGAAAUCACCGUGCAGAUGCGAUAGGUCAAAGAUGCGGCCAGCUUCGGAAUAAACUGGAACAGCUUGGUGCCCUUGCAGCCAGAAGAAAAGCCCGACUUAACGAUAAUUCAGCUUAUCUACAGUUUAUGUGGAAGGCUGACGUUGUCGAGUCUUGGAUAGCAGACAAAGAGACCCAUGUUCGUUCCGAAGAAUUUGGCCGAGACUUGUCCACCGUUCAAACCUUAUUAACCAAGCAGGAGACCUUCGACGCGGGACUCCAUGCCUUUGAACACGAAGGAAUACAAAACAUCACUUCCUUGAAGGAGAUGUUGGUAGAUUCUGGACACGAUCAGACACCGAGUAUUCAGAAACGUCACGCAGACGUGAUUGCACGCUGGCAGAAACUUUUGGCUGAUUCUGAUGCACGCAAGCAACGUUUGCUAAGAAUGCAGGAUCAAUUCAGACAAAUCGAAGAGUUGUAUCUUACGUUCGCGAAAAAAGCGUCCGCUUUCAAUUCAUGGUUCGAAAAUGCUGAAGAAGAUCUAACCGAUCCUGUCCGGUGCAAUAGCAUCGAGGAGAUUCGCGCUCUUCGAGAAGCGCACGCACAGUUCCAGGCAAGCUUAUCUUCCGCUGAAGCUGAUUUCGAGGCGCUCGCAGGGCUUGACAGACAAAUUAAAAAUUUCAACGUUGGUCCCAAUCCGUACACCUGGUUCACCAUGGAAGCGUUGGAAGACACAUGGCGCAACUUGCAAAAGAUCAUCAAAGAACGCGACGUCGAGCUUGCGAAAGAAGCUCAACGGCAAGAAGAAAACGACAAAUUACGUAAAGAAUUUGCUAAACACGCUAACGCGUUCCAUCAAUGGCUAGCAGAGACAAGAACAUCCAUGAUGGAAGGCUCAGGAUCACUGGAACAACAAUUGGAAGCAACAAAGAGAAAGACUCAAGAAGUUCGUGCGCGUCGACAAGAUCUAAAAAAGAUUGAAGACCUAGGUGCAAUUUUGGAGGAACAUUUAAUUUUGGACAAUCGUUACACGGAACACAGUACCGUAGGAUUGGCGCAACAAUGGGAUCAAUUAGAUCAAUUGGGAAUGCGUAUGCAACACAACUUGGAGCAGCAGAUACAAGCGCGUAAUCAGUCGGGUGUUUCCGAAGAUGCUCUGAAAGAAUUUUCUAUGAUGUUUAAACAUUUCGACAAAGACAAGAGUGGUCGUCUUAAUCAUCAAGAAUUCAAGUCAUGCUUGAGAGCGUUGGGCUACGAUUUACCAAUGGUGGAAGAAGGUCAGCCUGAUCCGGAAUUUGAAAAUAUUCUUGAUAUCGUCGAUCCUAAUAGAGACGGUUACGUAUCGUUGCAAGAAUACAUGGCUUUCAUGAUUAGUAAGGAAACAGAAAACGUACAGAGUUCUGAAGAAAUAGAAAAUGCAUUCCGUGCGAUUACCGCUGCAGAUCGACCAUACGUUACGAAAGAGGAAUUAUAUGCUAAUCUUACCAAGGAAAUGGCCGAUUACUGCGUAGCUCGCAUGAAACCUUACGUUGAUCCAAAAACAGAACGACCAAUUACAGGGGCAUUGGAUUACAUUGAAUUUACUCGCACCCUUUUCCAGAAUUAAUCAAAUAAUUUAUUCCCCCCCCCCCCCCCGAACGUAACAGUUAUUAAAUUAUAGCAAGUCAAAUAUAAAAUGCUUACCUUUAUUAAAUUACCUUUGUUACUUUAACGCGGUACAUACAUACGUAAAAUUUUCAUCAAUAAUACAUACCAUUAAUUUGUUUUCUAUUAACAUAUUAUAAACUGUUUAUGAAAAUGAAAAUAGUGAGAAAUAUAAUAUAAUAAAAUAUAUAAUAAAUAUA